AUGGAUGGAAUGAAUGAUAAUCUUAUAGUAGGACCAAGUGUAAGUACAAGUGAAGGACCAAGUGAAUUUGAAGCAUCUAAUUAUAUCAUAACAAGUGAAUUUUACAACAGUUAUGCAAGUAGCACUCCUCAUGGAUCUUUAUUUUGGGUACCAAAUGGGCCAGAAGAAAAUAGACUGUCUAUUGGUCAAAAGUUCAAAACCUUAGAGAGUGCAAUUCAAGCAUAUACAGAAUAUGCAGAAAAAUAUGGUUUUGAUACCAGAUUGUCUACACAAAAGCAGGAUAAAGAUGGAAAUAUUAAAAUAAAAUAUAUACUUUGCAACAAAGCAUUCGCUCCUGAAAAUGUUAGUGUUGAUACGUUGGAUGAAAAAGAUAGUGGUAAACAGAAAAGAAACUCCAAUGUUCAAAAGACAGAUUGUAAAGCUAGAGUGAGAUUUAGAUUAAGCGAUGAAAAAGAUUGUUAUAUCCUUUAUAAUUUUGAAGAUAGACAUAAUCAUGAGUUAGUUUCUUCAGAAUACAAGCAUUUGUUAAGAAAAAGAAGGAAAUUGGAUGACAUGGAAGAAAAAUUCAUUCAUAGGGUUGCUUCAAAUAAUAUAGGAGCAACACGUGGUCAUAACGUAUUAAGCAGUAUUAGAGGUUCUAGAUAUCUUGUGCAUGGAACAAUAACAGAUUUUAAAAAUUGCAGAAGGAAUCUUAAUGUUUUUAUUGAAAACAAUGAAUUGUCUGCUUUCUUUUGGGCUGAUGAAACUGCAAAAUGCAAUUAUGAAGCGUUUGGUGAUAUUAUAUCUUUUGAUGCAACUUAUAGGACAAACAAGUAUUGUAUGGUUUUUGUACUGUUUACUGGUAUGGAUAAUCAUAGGAAAUGUGUUACGAUUGGAGCUGGGAUGAUUGCAAAAGAAAAUAUUGAAUCAUUUACAUUUCUGCUAGAAAUUUUUCUGAAAGCAUUCAAAAAACAACCAAACAUAAUUGUUACGGAUCAAGAUCCGGCAAUGAAGGUUGCUGUGUCAAAAGUAUUCACUGAAUCAAAACAUAGACUUUGCACAUGGUUUGUGGAGAUGUAG